AGUUGGGGCAACUCUGCUGCCCCCAGCAGAGCGAGUGCAAACCGUCGGCGACGCCGUUCCAAGGCGUCGAUGUGGCGUAUUGAUUGUACAGUUCAGUUAGCGGCGGCUCUUGACGGCGCGAACUGCGCUUCUACGCGCAUUUCGAAACUCUCUUCACUCCGUUAUUGACUGUCGCGCCGAAAACAUUAUACUGUCUAUAAACGACACUUCGAUUUUGGCGCGAAACGUUAAGUCGCGCUUUCGGUUUUUAUUAUAUAUUUUUUUAAACUCACUAUGCUAGUUUAAAUUUCGAUAUCACCACUUCCAGGAAGUUUUUGUGCCAAAAAUAUGGAUUGUUGCAACUACGUUCCGUAUCGACACCACCAGGGGUACUAUGGUUAUUAUAACGAACCUAUGCCGCCGUAUCACGGAGAAUUCUAUGGACACCAUAAUAUGUAUUAUGAUUAUUAUGGGAAUAUCAACCCUUAUUAUAGUCCACAUCAACAUUGGCAAGGCAGUGCAGUUUUUGCCCCUCAAGAUUAUGUCUACAAUCCAAAAGAGGCACGUUUGCGGAAAGCAAUGCGGGAGGCAAAUAGGGAUCGUUCCAUCGGCGCUUCCCCGAUGUUGCCGCGUCCCAGUGCCCGCAGAGCCGGCUCAUCCGGUUGGGUUACUCAGGGAGGCGCAAAUGUACCGGGUGGAUCCGUAGCAUCGACGACUCAUGGUCCACACGAAGAGCCUCUUAUGAUGUCGUCUAUGGGACAAGGAAUGCGCGGUCCUGGCAUGGACUCGCCUUGUUUUCCCACGGGGAUGCCGUCUACAUCUGGUAGUAUCAACGGAAACGGAAACGAACAAUUCAUGCCUCCGUCAAUGCGGGCAGCUACACCCGCUCCCGGUUACCCCACUACGAAAAUGGAUCAGGUUUCUCCUUUGCCGCCUCCGCCUGCUCCUACUCCUGGAGUACAUGCUCCUUACAUGCAGGCUAAUCCCUUAAGUCAACUUCAACAACAAACGGAGAUGUGGCAUAAUUAUUCAGAUGAUUUGAGGCCGAGAUCAUCAGGUAAUCCUUUCAUGAUGCCGGAUAUGCAAGCACCUUAUCAUCAUCAACCCUCGCCACCACUCAGCAUACCUAGUCCGAUGCUAAUAGAAAAACAUCGUCGAACACCAGUCCACCCGAUUCACAUCAAUCCCAUUUCGAUGCCGAUGACUCCUCCCCAUAACUCAAUAAUGUCCAUGACACCACCGCAUUCCAACGAAAACGUUCCGCCUGACGAAUCGAUGCAUUUGAAAGAUAAAGUUCUGCAUGACAGUUUCGGGCAACUCGAAUCAAAACAUACCAUAGAACCGUCACAACCUCUAAUGGAGAACAACGUUCAACAACAAAACGAAUUUAGUAGUAACAUUUAUGAACCAAACGUCGGUUUUAAUAAUAGCCAAAAUCAUCUCCAGCACAUGGAAAAAACGGAAGAAAUGAAAAUGAAAAAGUCAAACACAUUAUCAACAAGUGCCAUUCGUACUUCUUCUUAUUCCAUAACUCCAAAGAAGCCGUCAACGAAACCUCUACCGGAUUUCAACGAGGCUUUCGGCUCAACGGAACGUGGUCGUUUCCAAAGUCCUCCAGAUCCAAGAUUAGCCCCAAACAAAGGCUUUUUGGAUCUUUUCGAGGAGGGACCACCAUUAAAAUUUGAAGAUUUCCAAAUCUAAAAUAAUUGUUUUGAGAGAAAUGGUUUUUUAUGAGAUUACCACUUGUUUAAAGUUUAUGAUAAUAUACCUUCUAACAGUUUCUCUUUAUUUCGGAUACUUAUAAUAAAUAUGUUGAUUCAAUCUUUUUACUGGGAGUUUGGAAAAAUUCAAUUGUUGAAAUUCCUAUAAAAUUUCACUUUAAUAAUAGAUUCAGCUCUGCAUUUUUAGCUUUAAUAAAAGAGCCAGUGACUGGCUACCUGCUUGUAUUUGACCAAACCUAGAUUAUUUGAGUUUGUGCUAACUCACAAAACGUAAAGCGACGAUUACUGCUAGAGCUCAGAUAGGCCAAGUAUCAAAAUUUGACAAAAUUUUUAGGUCCACGUCUAUUAUUUGUGAAUUUGAAAAUUCAAUUUAUCAGUAGAAAAAUUUAUACCAGAAGACAAUUCGCGAAAAUUGAUGAUAAUUGGAUUUUCUAGAAAACCAUAUAUUCCAUUCAAAAAUUGAUAUGAUUUUCAAGAUCCCCAAAGAGAUACACAAGAAGAUUUUUUAAUUCCUCCACAAUAAACUCAAAUUUUCAAUUUUUUGCUAGAAAAUCGAAAAAUUUAUCACAUCCUUCAAUAAACAAAACGUGUACUUUUAGUGUAGUCAUUAAAGAGAAAAAUAGUGUCUUACCUCCGAAUUUUUUUACUGUGACGCAUGGAAUUGGGUUCAUCUUAGGCUACCAUUAUACUAGGAUGCUAGCAUCCGGGAUGCUGGCAUCUGCGAGGUUAGCGGGGCAUUAAAUCAAAUGGGAGCGGUUAGAUUAGGGAUGCCAGCAUCGGACGCUAAAACAGCCUCCCGGAGGCUCGAUUUUGCUGCUGAAAUGCAAGCAGUCGGUUGCUUUUUGCAUACCGGGAUGCACAAAAUCGUUUGUGGGACAUUGGUUCAAAUGCGGCGCAUUAUACUAGGCUGCUAGCAUCCGAGAAGGCGCUCUAUUUGACAUAUGCGCGCGCACGCAGUUUGAUCACGUGAAGGCCUGAGACUGCUGUCUGCACUGCACGUGUCGUCUCGAGUCAAGUGAUUACUGUGAAAGAAGGAAGUGACAUUCUAAAGUAAUUAAAAAAUUUUGUUUCACUAUUGCACAGUUCAUCAAACAAUGUAAAAUACAAACUUUUAACACGACGGACAGUUAAAAAGGGGUCCACACUAAACUUCCUUUUUGCACGGUGUCUUCUUUUCUUAAUUAGUAACAUCAGCAACAACAUAUCUUCAUUCGUUGGGGCUAUAUUGACGACUGACAAAAAAUUAAAAUAAAAUAGCAUUUCGGGAUUCUAGCAUCCCAACACAAAUUCGACUCAAAGUGGGAUACUAGCAUCCCAGAUGCCAGCAUCGCGAAUGCUAGCAUCCUAGUAUAAUGGUAUCUUCACCCUUAACUUCAAGAGUGAAAAUAAUCUGAGCUCCGCCUAUUAUUUUUAAGGGGUGUAAACAACCCCUUAAUGGAAAAAUUGACAUUGAGCCAUUUUAUCGAUAAAAAACGUGUGUAAUAUUAAGGAGUGAAACUAUAAAGUAUUUUCUAACACAAUUACCUCAUGAUAAAAUCGUUUUCAAUCCCUUGAAAACCUUAUAACCCUUGCAAACAACCCCUAAAUUGAGAAAAUCACAACCAAUUACUUUAGUAUUUAAGAUUUAAGUAUAGAUUAAAAAAUAUUUUAUGUUCUCUAUCUUAAUUAUGGAAUUUUUAACCCCCUUUUGACACUUAAAUACAACCACUUGAGAAAAAAUUGUUUAAAAAAUUUUUUUUGAUGAAAUGAAACGGAUUUAAAUGCUAUUAUUAUCAUAUUCUCAAGCUUUUAAAUAUAAACGAUUCCACUGCUAAUUAGUUAUAAAUAUUAAAAAAAUAAACCCAAAAAAUG